AUGUCGGUUAUUUUAAAAUUUUUGAGGAAACUUUUAGUUGCAGAAGAAGACAAUGACUAUGACUACCGCAGCUGGUCAUCGAGUCAAAAAGAAAAUAAAAAGUCGUUUUACGAACGGCAGAAAAAGGUAUACUUUACGAAAUACUUUUUUAAUAGAACGUUACAGUAAAAAUUGCACAACUCGUCUAACAGGCUAUAAAGCAAAAACUGCCCAACUGUGUCCAAUAAACUCAAAAAAAAAAAACAUUUUAUUUUUUCUAUCAAAUUAAAGACGCAAUAACCAUGUAUUCACAUAGGUUUUUUUCUUGUUUAUUUAUUUGCAUUAUACAGUAUAAUAUGACAUUUUAAUCUUAAUGAUAUUAUUAUAGUUGAGUACAUAAAUAUUUUUUUCUUUUGAAAUUAUCACUAAAUAUCAUUUUUUUUAAAACUUUUCCUAGAUAUGUCGACCACCAAAGCAAUAUAUUGAUGAACAAAUAGAAAAUAUACAAACACCGACAGAUGAUCAGGUAACUAAAUUGAAAACUAUUUUAUAUAAAUUACAAUGGUGUAUUUAGGACUUUUCUGCGCUGGGUAGUUAAGCCAACUAUUUCCUUACGCCCCAUCCUCGACUUUUAUGUGGUAGUUAUAUGAUAAAAUCCACUUCCGUCGAGUGAGGAAUAAAACAAAAACUAAAUAUGAACAAUAAAAUAAUAUAGAAAUAAAAUAUACAUUGCGAAUCAACUUACGAUUACGAUUAAUUAAUAAAAUAAGUACCUCCUAUUGCCCAAUCACGGUAUUGAUAAGGAUAUUUAUAAACGUACACACAGUUUAAAAAUUUGACACAAAAUAUGUAAAAAUGAUAUGCACAAAGUAUACCCCAGUCACCACACACGGUUUUACUGCAUUCAAACAAUAUGGAAGUAGAAUAUCAUACUGUACAUUUGUUUUCGUAUUUUUAAGAUAGCGUAAGUCAUGAUUGAACAAAUUGUAUUUGUCACGAUGUUAUUUUAGAAAUUAUAUUAUUGUAAUAUUGUACAUUGUAGUUAUUUGAUAGUAGGUUUUCGCCGCAGUCCCUCCGAGUUUAGAGUGGACCGUGCAUUUAUUGGAAAUUAAUACGCCUUCGUAAAAUAAAAACAGAAUAUUCGUGGAGUAUAAAUUAAACUGCUGUCAGUGACGUCAUUUUAGUAUUUGUGAUAGGGUUGACAAAAGAUUUGGCAAUUGAAUUUUUAUUUCGAUAAAAAUACCCUUCUAACGUCAUUUUUUACUUACUGUCAUAGGCAUAAAUAGUCUAUUUUUUUGAGGGACAAAAAUGACUAAAUAAUGAAUUUAUAAGUAGAAUUUUAAAGCGGUACCAAAAUAUAUUAACUACCCUAUGAAUAAUUAUUUUGGGUGAAAUUUUACCCCGAUUGAUGUCAAUAUUUUGUACGGAGUAUAAAUGUAUCAUAAAACAUAAUGACAUGAAUUAUGUUUGCGGGCUUGUGGCUCAAAACUAGCCCUACACCAAGCCCGAAAAUGGUUCGCUGAUGACAAGUGUGGGGAGGAAAAUGCCUCUCUUUCCUCCCAAAUAGUAAAGGUGUUUAUUACUAAAACAAUUGUUGCAUUAAGUAGCUAGAGCUUCAGCCCCCCUUCCAAUCUCAAACCCUAUUUGUGCCUAUGUUCGUUACUAAAAAAAACUAAGACGUUCAAUUACAUAUUAUGUUCCGUUUGACUCAUUAAAAUCCGAGUGUAAUACGUGUAAUGUACCUUUAAACUCUAUUGAUCUCCCAAAUGAAGUCAGAGUGAUAAAAUAUAUUGUAUAUACAGUAUAUAUUUAUAUAUGAAUUGCUUAAGUGUCAGUGUUCAGUGCCUUUUAGGGGUUUAAACUUUACACAUCCACCCUUAUCCGUUCAUUUGAAUGCUUAAAUUUCAUUUUUUUUUUUUCAUUUUUAUUUGGGUGUAGUAUAAUUGUAUUCACUAUAAAAAUAGUAACUGUAAUAAUAGUAUUAGUAUAUAUUGUAGGUAUAUUCUAUUGCUGUAAUUUUACGAGUAUGUAUUUGUUAUUACAAAUAAUAUUUCUAUAAUAAGACAUACUUCGCAUGAUGGGUAAACCACUGUUAUAGGCGAAAAAUGGGAAGAUAAAGGGAAAAUUUAUUGUAUAUAUAUACGCAACGAUUAACUAUUGCUAAUGAAAACCGAUUCUGAGUGGAGUUAAGUUAUACAUGUUAUGGAAGGUAGCAAUAUUUACGAAUUUAAAAUUAUACAUUUCGUACAUUUUCCAGUUUUUACUACGUUUUUUCCAUUUAUUAUGAAUACCCUUCAAAAAGUCAAAAAAUGACCUCCUCAUAGUAUCACCUCAGUCCAAUUUCAUUUCGAAAAAAAUGCUACACUUGAAAGUCGGGACAACAUUUCUUGUUGACCAGUUGUUUAUAUAUAAAAGGAAAAUAACGUUUUAAAACCAACACAUACCUCGCUUCACUCACAAUCUAGGCAAACGACUCUAGUGAUGGAGCAGUCUUGCUCCCGGAUGAUAUUGUAAAAUUUUAACCAUAACUUUUCUAUUAUUAAAUCAUCUUAGUCAUUAACUGUGAACUGUAAUUGCUUAUCCGUAACCUAUGCUGAUGUCUGUUUCAAAAAUUAAAGACGCUAAAUAUUCAAUAAGAUACUUUUUAUAGGAAUACGACUUUAUAAUAUUAUAAGGUUUUAUUUAUUCGUAUGGCAAAAUUAUAACUUCAUAAUGAAAUGAUAUUCCUAUCACAUAAUAUAAUAUGUAUACUGUAAUAUAUUAAUGUAUAGUACAAUAUAUUAUAAUUAAUAAAUUAUUUUUAGUCAUUAGAUGAAUCAAAUGACUCUAUAGCAUCAACGAUUAGCGCAACAGACCAACCAUCACCAACAGUCUCCCAAGACGAAUUGGAUGAAAAACCAGCCACAAAAUACUGGACUGAACAGAAAUGCAUGGGAUGCGUGGAAAAAGACUAUUUAAUGAUGCAAACCUGCAAUGAAAUGAAACGUUUGAAUUUGGAACUUAAAAGGGACAGUUGUUAUAAAUUUAGUUCAUGGUGA